AUGUUGAGCGCACGGUCUUUACAAUGGUUCUACCUCCUCGUUCUUCUUUCUGUCACCACUGUUCUCGCAGCGGAAGAGACACAGGCUGCAAAUGAUUGCGACUGGUACUGCUGGGUCGAGAAAAAGAUCAACUCGCUAGAGAAACAGGUUGAUAAAAUCACCAAAUUACUGUUCCCUGAUGUAGACAACAACACCUCUACGUCUAUAGACGACAAUGCACCCAACGCGCCCACGGGCCAUCCUCGCUACCCGAGUAGCUUUGGCGCACCCUACGCAUCCAUUACGGCUAACCAUGGAGUGGCGAAACUGAUCAGCCGACCCAUCGUAACUGUGACUCCAACCGGACGAACACCCAUUGCGACGUCUACGCCCUCGGAACCGAAGCCUGAUGUCCAAGCCCGCGCGGGCUAUCGCUCGCUCGCUUAUUUCGGCAACUGGGACAUCUACGGGCGCAAAUACUUCCCCCAGCAAGUCCCGGCCGAGAAGCUUACUCACUUGCUCUAUUCCUUUGCCGACAUCAAAUCCGACGGGACAGUCGUCCUGACAGACACGUACGCCGACACAGACAUUCACUACCAGGGUGACUCGUGGUCUGACUCGGGCAAUAAUGUCUAUGGCGCUGUCAACCAGCUAGCUAUGCUCAAGGCCCGCAAUCGGAAUAUGAAGGUGAUGCUGAGCAUUGGAGGAUGGACGUACACGAAUACGAAUAAACAUUUGGAUACGCCUGCUUCUACCGCCCAAGGGCGUCAGGCGUUUGCUGCAUCGUGUGUGGACAUGGUGAAAAAUUAUGGGUUUGACGGGAUUGAUAUCGACUGGGAGUAUCCGCAAAACACGACGCAAGGUUCACAGUUUUUGGCGAUGUUGACAGAGAUGAGAUCGCAAUUGGACGACUAUGCUGAAACGCUGGUAUAUGCGGAUGCGGCUGGGCGCAAGACAAAACCGCAUUUUCUGAUUUCGAUGGCAGCGCCGGCGGGCGACACGAAUUACAGGUUAUUGCCACUUGGGAAGAUUGCGGCGGUACUGGACUUUAUCAAUUUGAUGGCAUACGACUACGCUGGUUCCUGGGACAAAACAUCCGGCCACGCUUCGAACCUCUACGCCUCUACCUCGAACCCGUUGUCGACACCCUUCAACACCUACGGCGUCGUAAAUGCGUACAUCGCCGCCGGCGUGCCUUCCGCAAAGCUCAACCUCGGCAUGCCCUUGUACGGUCGUGCGUUCACCAAAACUAGAGGCCCCGGGCUGCCCUAUGAUGGUAUUGGUGACGGCACUUGGGAAAAGGGCGUAUAUGACUUCAAGGAUCUGCCCUUGAAAGGCGCCAAAGAGUACUACAGUAAAGAAGCAGGCGCGACUUUCAGCUACGAUAACUCCACUGGCAUGUUUAUCAGUUAUGACACCUUGAACAUGGCCCUGCGCAAAGUCGACUAUAUCAAGCAGAACAAGCUAGGUGGUGCCAUGUGGUGGGAAGUGAGCGGAGAUCGAACAGAUAAGGGAAGCAUCAUCACCAACGUCGUCAGAGGGCUCGGCGGCAGUGACGGUUCAGGUAUCGAGUCUAGUUCCAACUGGCUAGCCUACCCCGACUCGCAGUACGACAACAUCAAGAACGCGUACUCGCACUAGACUAGCUGCUGGCGGAGCUGUAGGCUCAAUAUCGAUGUGCCAGGGGG